AUGAAAGCAACCAUUCAAAGAGUAACAUCUGUAUUUGGAGUUCCCCGAGCAUCUGUAUUCGUGCCAAGAAUCAGCACACCAUUUAUUUUGCAUAAUUAUAUCUCUAAUGGCAGAAUGGACCUUUUUUCCAAAGAAUUCCACAAUGGCCGCGUAUCCAAAUCUGAUCUUUGGUCAAGCAACAAGGAAGAGGAGCUCUUAGUAUCUCAAAGGAAAAAAAGACCGAUCUCUCCUCAUUUAACUGUUUACGAACCUGAAAUGAGCUGGUAUCUUUCCUCUUUACAUCGUAUAUCUGGCGUUUUACUGGCUCUUGGAUUCUAUGCUUUCACAAUUACUUUGGGUGUGACGACAAUAAUGGGAAUGGAUACGACUUUUCAGGAUCUAAACAAGUGGUAUCACGAAAAGAUGCCUAAGUGGUCCCAAUGGGUGGCCAAAGGCUCUGCAGCAUAUCUGUUUGCAUUCCAUUUUGGUAACGGUAUAAGGCAUCUCAUCUGGGAUAUGGGCUACGAAUUGACCAACCGUGGGGUUAUAAAAACCGGAUCAAUCGUUUUAGCCGGCACACUCGUCUUAGGAACGUAUUUACUGGCUCAGUAA